AUGUCGGAACCCGAAACGAAGAAGGUUUUCGAUCGUUACCUUAAACGGGAAGUCCUCGGUGAAGGCACGUAUGGUGUUGUUUACAAAGCAAUCGACACUAAGACAGGGCAGAAAGUGGCAAUUAAGAAAAUUCGAAUAGGGAAGCAGAAAGAAGGGGUGAAUUUCACAGCUCUUAGGGAAAUUAAGCUGUUGAAAGAGCUCAAGGACUCCAAUAUAAUCGAACUCAUUGAUGCUUUUCCUCAUAAAGGGAACUUGCAUCUUGUGUUUGAGUUCAUGGAGACAGAUUUAGAGGCAGUAAUUCGUGACCGUAAUAUUGUGCUUUCGCCAGCUGAUAUCAAGUCAUAUAUUCAGAUGACUUUGAAAGGACUGGCAUUCUGCCAUAAGAAAUGGGUGCUUCAUAGGGAUAUGAAACCAAACAAUCUAUUGAUCGGCCCACGCGGACAGCUUAAGCUUGCUGACUUCGGCUUGGCUAGGUUAUUCGGCAGUCCAGACAGGAGAUUUACUCACCAGGUAUUUGCCCGCUGGUACAGAGCACCAGAGCUUUUGUUUGGUGCAAAGCAAUAUGGUCCAAGUGUGGAUAUUUGGGCAGCAGCUUGUAUAUUUGCUGAACUUUUAUUGCGACGUCCAUUUCUGCAGGGAAAUAGUGAUAUUGAUCAACUGGGGAAGAUCUUUGCUGCUUUUGGGACUCCAAAGCCUUCGCAGUGGCCAGAUAUGGUGUACUUGCCUGAUUAUAUGGAGUACCAAUAUGUUGCAGGGCAGCCACUCCGCACACUUUUUCCGAUGGCUAGUGAUGAUGCCUUGGAUCUUUUAUCAAAGAUGUUCACUUAUGAUCCAAAAGCCAGAAUUUCAGCUCAACAGGCAUUAGAACAUAGGUACUUCUCUUCUGGACCUCUGCCUACUGAACCAGCUUCACUUCCAAGACCUGCUCCGAAAAAGGAUGCCGCUAAUCCACAGGAUGGUCCAGCUAGGUUGUCUACGGGAUGGUCCGCAGAACUCAAUCCAACCGAUGGUCCGACAGUAUUGUCUCCUCCAAGAAAGUCAAGAAGGGUUAUGCCAAAUCGUGAUGGAUUUGAUGGGAACCCCCAAUCAAGUGAUAGGAUGGAUGGUAAUAAUUACGAUAUCAGACAAGCAGGUGGUGAGAGGAGUGAACAUGCUGCAAUGUCAUUAGACUUCUCAGUAUUGGGGGCGAGGCCUCCUAAUAGACCAACUAUUAACAGUGCUGACAGAACGCAUUUGAAGAGGAAGCUGGACCUUGAAUUCAUACAACCAGAAGAAGACUAA